UCAGUGGGCAGCAGCCCUGGCAGAAAUAGCUCCUGCGCGAUUCACCGAAGCCUUCACAGGCCCCUGGUCCCGGCUCCUGGCUUCACGCGUCUUGAUCCCCACAGCUGUAGGGGCAGGCCGUCGCAGGACAGACAGCAACUUGGCAGAGGCAGCAUUCGGGCACAGCGCGGGGGAGCCCCGGGCAGCCGCCCGCCGCUUAGCCGCCCCUUGGGCUCGGCGGGCGUGGCAGACCGCGAUGCCAGGGCGAGCUCCCCUCCGUGGGGCCGGGGGGCCCCUGGGCGCCUGGUUGCUGGGCGGCCUCUCGGUCUGGGUGCUGGGCGGCUUCUGCGGGCUGGGGGCGGCCGCGCUGCGAGCGGGGACCUGGGGGUCUCCGGGAACGCCUCGCCCCUGCCAGGCGCCGCAGCAGUGGGAGGGGCGCCAGGUGCUGUACCAGCAGAGCAGCGGGCGCAACAGCCGCGCCCAGGUCUCCUACGACGGGCUCAACCAGCGCGUGCGGGUGCUGGAGGAAAGGAAGGCGCUUAUUCCGUGCAAGAGAUUAUUUGAAUAUAUUUUGCUCUAUAAAGAAGAAGUGAUGUUUCAGAUUGAACAAGCCACCAAGCAGUGUUCCAAGAUCACCCUGACAGACCCCUGGGACCCUCUUGACAUUCCUCAGAACUCCACCUUUGAGGACCAGUACUCUAUAGGGGGGCCCCAGGAGCAGAUCACUGUCCAGGAGUGGUCCGAUAGAAAGUCAGCUAGAUCAUAUGAAACCUGGAUUGGCAUUUAUACAGUCAAGGAUUGUUAUCCUGUCCAGGAAACCUUCACCAAAAAUUACAGUGUGGUCCUUUCCACACGGUUUUUCGACAUACAACUGGGCAUCGCAGACCCAUCUGUGUUUAUUCCUCCAAGCACGUGCCAGACAGCCCGGCUGGAAAGGAUGAGCGAGGACUGCUCCUGGUAAGCCUGAGAAUGCAGGAGUGACAGCAUCGGACAGACACUGGUGGCCUUAGUUCAAAACAGAUUAGAGACUUGAGAGAUGAGAAUCUUCUUUGAAGAUAGACAUUGAUUUUUUUUUUUUUUUUUUUUUAGUACAUAUGAUGUUAACUACUUAACCUAUGUUUACAAAAGAGAAUAGGACGGAGAGGCUGUGGUAAUAUGAACUGGAGAGAUGAACAUGGGGACUUACAUAGCAUAUCUGGGUGCCAUGCUUUUUAUGUGUGUGGGUAUAUAUGAAGGGUAGCGGCUUAUGCUGGGCUGACAGCAGGAGCACUUUGCCUUUACAGAGAAGAAUUUUUUAUUACUGACAUUGCUGAGAACCAUCAGAUUCCUGGCAUGUGGUGAUAAUAAAAAGUGGAACAGUUUUGGUCAGUUUUACUAUUAAUUUUUAAGUUCUUUGCAGAUAAUGACCCCUUUAUUGCCUCCACCAAGGGGCUGACUGGUCUCCUUGUGCCCACCCCAUGCUCCCUAGGCUACUGAAAAAGUGGUGCCUUAAAAUCUCUUCCAAACUUAUGAGUUUAUGGCAUGAGCCAAUUGAUAUAAACAUUUUGGAAGGAAAUGAAAGGCUAUAAUACAAAGUAAUUAUUACUCUAAUGGGAGUAAAUUUUAAACAAGAGAGUUUGAAAAUCUUUAAUGUUUACCACUGGGUAAGCAUGAGCCAUGUAUGCUUCCUUUUUUCUGUGCAAGUGAAUUGAUACUUGUGCUAAAUCAUCACAUACUUGUCAAGAGACCUACGGAGACUAGUAGUAUUCUAAAAAUAGCAUUGAACUGGGAGUCAGAAGACUUGUCUCCAAAAUCCAGGCCUAGAAUUUCCCUGUACACUAAUGCCUUUGACUAACUAAAUGCCCCCACGCUUUCCCUCACCUUGGCCUUGCUGGAGUGUAAUCUCUUUGUCUACUUAUUUCUGCUCAUC